AGCCAGCCAACCUUUGGUACGGUUGAGCCGAGAUUGCUCCCGGCUCAAGAGAGCCCACCUCACGCCGGCGUGGUCCCCACCCUGCACUCAGCUUGGGCUCAUGUGGACCCGGAAAACCCAUGAAAGAAGCCACGCUGCUGAUCUCCCUGAAGCAAAGCAAACCCAGAAAUCAGUGCCGUGCUGCAGGCAGGGCCAUGCGCAGUGCUCUUUUGACCUUCAAACCUCAAACCCACCUCUCUCUCUCUCUCUCUCUCUCUCUCUCUCUGUCUGCCGUUCCAUUAACACCUGUCGGUGGAAAGAGGCGGGAGAGAAGAGGUUUUGAAGGCCAAAGAGCUCCAAGAGCACCGUUUUAUUGAAGAUUGAAUCGUACGGUCUGAUUCUCUUCCGUUCCGGGCAUGCUUUUGAGCUGUAACCAUUUGAAAGACCAUCCCUAAGUUUACCCAAAAUACAACUAUUACUCUUUACAUUUUGAGUAAACUUCCGAUGGUCUUUCAAAUGAGUUACAGCUCAAGAGCACGUCCGGAACGGAAGAGAAUCAAAUCAUCUUCAAUGAAGCGGUGCAGUGUGCAGUGCUCUUCGAGCUCUUUGGCCUUCAAAACCUCCUCUCUCCCGCCUCAGCUUUCCAUUAAGGCCAGCCUUUCCUGAGAGAGGGAGAGAGAGAUUGUAAGUGUAGUUGAGUUGUUUGGCAAUGGCUUCUGGUGGCCGCAGAGGAGGAAGAAAGCAGCCAGAGAUGGGCCACUACACGUCAGACACUCCGGAGUUCCUCAUAGUGCUGCUUCCGGACACCUUCGCUGCAAAGAAGAUUGAAAUCCCUCAGCAUUUCGUCCUCGAGCACGCAGAGCAUCUGGCAGAGUUGGUGACUCUCAAGGUCCCAAACGGUGACCUUUGGACCAUGCUGACGGAAAAUUGGGAAGGCAGAGUUUGGUUGGGCAGAGGAUGGGAGAAUUUCAUAGACUACUACUCUAUUUUACCUGAAUACUAUGUCCAAUUCCGAUUGGAAGGGACUUCGACGUUCGGUGUGGUUAUACUUGAUCAAAGGGCAUCUGAAAUUUAUUACCCCAUCAAGACUGCAGUACCAAACAAUGGAUUGCCCAAGCGGGAGGAACCCGAUGAUGAUGUCUCGUUUCAGAUUGUCGGUGAUUUUACCCCUGCACCAAGAAGGAGGUUUGAGGCAGAAUGCUCUAAUGGAGGAAAUGAUACUGCAGGUCGGGCAAGGGAAGUUCCUGGAGCUGCGAAUCUCAUUGGGCAAUGUCCUUGGUUUCAAGUUGAAAUGACUAAAUCAUAUGUGAAGAACGGAAGCGUGGCUGUACCUGCUCGAUUCUUGGUUACUAAUGGCAUCGGUAAGUGGGAACAACUCGUGAAACUGAGACGCUUGGGCAGCUCGUGGCUUGUGAAGAUGCACUUCUACCCAGAUGCACGCUCAGGUUACCUGUGCGGCGGAUGGAUCAAGUUUGCCAGAGUAAAUGGCCUGCAAGUGGGAGACAUCUGCAAGUUUGAGCUCACGAAAAGGAACAGCAUCGUGUUCAAUGUCACCAUCGUCAACCGCGACAACUAGACUUUUCGGUCAAGUCCCAUACCAGAGUCCAAAGUAUAUGUUCCCUCCGUUUCUACCUGCUUCCUAUCCUUAUCAGUGAAGGCGACCUCAACCGUGUUUUGUAUUCAUCUAGUUAAGGACGCAUCUGAAUUUUUAUUGUAGUAGUAAUACCGGGAGGAUCCUCAAUUGUCGAGACCUCGAUCACUUGGCAAAUUAUCUUCGUCUCUUUUUCUAAUUUCAUGAAUGAGUUUGGAGUA